AAAUAUCACUUCCAUAAUAUUGUACAAACUAGACUUGUGUUUAUAGAUUUUCUUAUUUGUCCAUUAGGUAAUUCGAAAGCUAGGUCGCUAACGUUAGCUACAGUACAUUAGCUAGCUAGUUGGGAGUUGCUGCUGUCACAUUUGGGUGGGUAUUCAUUAGUCGUAUUCCGUUGCAAAACGUCUUUGCAAACGGAACCGUUUACUCCAAAAGUGGAACGUUUGCAACGAAAACGAGAGUUUCUAUGGGACAUUUUCAGUAAAGACUGUCCUCGUCUUGUUCUGUUUGAUUCCUAGAGUAAACCAACGGAAUCCGACUAAUCCCCCCCCCAUAAUUUAGUUUAGGUUACAGACUAGCUCCUUAGUAAUAUUCACGUCUAUUUAGUUGAGUUGGUAGCUAUCUAGUAACAUUAUACGAACAAUGUAGUGUGGAAGAGGUUUACAAUACGUCUUCUAGCAAUAUGCCCACCCGUCUAGCCUACAUAGUGAGAAGCUAGCUAAGCUUAGCCAAGCAGUUGUGUUAGCUGCUAGGCCAUCAGUGUACACGUCAAGGCAAGACCGUCAUUGAUUGUUGUCAUCAAGCCACAGCCAACAAACAUCCAACUUUUACCAUCCAAGCCACAGAAUGACUCAUUGGUUCCACCGAAACCCAUUGAAAGCAACUGCACCUGUUUCCUUCAACUUCUAUGGAGUUGCUGGUAGCCCAUCAGCAAAUAAGAUAUGCAAUGACUUGAGGACAUCGAGGGCCAGGCUCUUGGAGAUGUUCACAGAUACCACCUGCGAUCCCGAGAUCAUGAAAAAUGCCACAGAUACUUAUUUCUCACUCUUACAAGGAUUCAUUGCAUCUCUGGAUGGCACCAAACAAGAGAACAAGCUUCGGUUCAUGCAGAACUUCAAGUGGACUGACACUUUGCAAGGAAACACCCCAAGUGCCCAACAAGAUGCUAUUUUUGAACUGGUCUCCAUGGCCUUCAAUGUUGCAAUUUGGCACGCCAAGUUUGCCUCAAGACUUGCAGGAAAGGAAAAUGUAACUGAGGUAGAAGCAAAAGAUGUCCACAGGAGCCUGAAAUUUGCUGCUGGGAUUUUCAAGCACCUCAAGGAGGUCUACAUCCCCCGCCUCAUCACCCCAGCGGAGAAGGGCCGAGACCUAGACCCCAGAGUCAUGGACACCUACAUGGUCCAGUGCAAAGCAGAGGCACAGGAAGUGACGAUUGCCAGAGUGAUUGAACUCAAGCAUAACGCCACUCUCAUUGCAGCCUUGGCCUUCGAGACCGCAAACUUCUACCAGAAAGCUGACCACACACUGAACACCCUGGAACCAGAGUGCAGCAGUAAGUGGAGGAAUUACCUCCAGCUGAAACAGCACUUCUACAUGGCCUAUGCAUAUUGCUACCAUGGACAAACUCUCCUCGCGAGCGACAAGUGUGGCGAGUCAAUAAAAUCUCUCCAAGAAGCAGAAAAGUGCUACUCCAGAGCUGAGGCUCUGUGCAAAGAGUACCGUCAGACCAAAGGGCCGGGUAGCACAGCCAAGCCCUCUGAGCAGCUCUUCUUCACCACGCUGGGUGGCCUGAUCAAAAUUACAUUGCAAAAGUGCGAGAGAGAAAAUGGAUUCAUAUACUUUCACAAGGUCCCAGCCGAGGUGCCCCAGCUAGAGCUGAAGGCUAGCUAUGGCCUGGCCGAGCCAAUAUCCUUUGAGUUCCCAGCCGUCAGCGAGCAGUGCACCCCUGAAGUCUACACCACUUUUGACCUCACCAAGGGGGCCAAAGCUGAGAAGGCCAAACCCAAGCAGGAAGAAGAGGUUAAGCCAAUGAAGGAACCAGAUUUGAAGCCUCAGAAAGAUACAGGCUGCGUCAUAUCAUAAACAGAGGGAGGGGGGGUGACAAGAAAAACAUGACUGCAUGGAUUUAUUGAUGCAUUGGUUUGUUUUAUCUGUAGUGUUUUAUGAUCAGUGAUUUACAGUAGCAUGACCAUCUGUUGUAGUUCAUUUUAUACAUAGUUGUUUUCUAUUUUUUUAUGUUCAUGAUCAAAUAUUAUUGGGUCAGACUUUAUAUUUGAAAUAUUCUCUCACUAGUCCUGUUGAGGAUUUUGGAUCUUUAUUUUUUGCUGUCAUUUAAGAAAUGGACAAUUUAAUAUAGUAAGAACUUAUAACACUCCA